CCGGACCAGCGCUGUUUACGCGCGGAGCUGCUCGCUCAUUUACUGCAAAGCCAUAAUAACAGAGCCAUGCAGAGCGCGAGGAGGAUGCACCUUUCUGCCCACUAAUCCGACUCACUGGGAGGACUGGUCUGGACUGGGAGCCAUCGAACCGACAAUCCAGAAAUGGCGCGGAUAUUGUUUCUGAUUAUCCUCUGCGCUCUCCCAGCGCUCGUUGUGCCCAUACAUAAUUCAUCAGCGGGAGGCUGUGCCAUCAUCCGGCCUCCGCGGGACGGAGGGAUCCGCUACCGAGGCCUGACGCAGGAGCAGAUCCGCAGCGUUCGGAUUCUGCCUGUGGAUUAUGAGAUCGAGUACAUCUGCAGAGAAAACCGGCAGAUCGCGGGGCCAAAGGUCAGGAAGUGUUUGCCCAACGGCACGUGGACGGACAUGACACAGCUCAGCGUAUGCCUGCUGCAGUGCCCCAAGGUGUGGACGUCCCUGGAGAACGGCAGGGUGACGGCGCGGCCCCCGGGGCCCCCGGCGGAGGGGACGGUGCUCUACUACAGCUGCAACUCCGGCUUCACCCUGGAGGGCAGAAACAUCAGCCACUGCACCAAGCUGGGCAAAUGGGACGCCCCCAAACCCACCUGCCUCUAUGACAGAAACUACACAGGGAAGAAGAAGCUGUACAUCGGAGCGCUGUUCCCCAUGAGCGGCGGCUGGCCGGGCGGCCAGGCGUGCAUGCCGUCCGCUCAGAUGGCUCUGGACCUGGUGAACAACAGGAGCGACAUCCUGCCGGACUACGAGCUGGAGCUCAUCCACUACGACAGCAUGUGCGACCCGGGGGAGGCCACCAAGCUGCUGUACGACCUGCUCUACACCGAGCCCAUCAAGAUCGUCCUGAUGCCCGGCUGCAGCGGCGUCUCCACGCUGGUGGCCGAAGCCGCCCGCAUGUGGAACCUCAUCGUGCUGUCCUACGGCUCCAGCUCUCCAGCGUUGUCCAACCGCCAGCGCUUCCCCACCUUCUUCCGCACCCACCCCUCUGCCACCCUCCAUAACCCCACCAGGGUGCGGCUCUUCAAGAAGUGGAACUGGUCACGCAUCGCCACCAUCCAGCAGACCACAGAAGUCUUCACCUCAACUCUGGAUGAUCUGGAGCAGAGGGUGAAGGAGGCAGGCAUCGAGAUCAGCGUUCGUCAGAGCUUCCUCACCGACCCGGCUGUCGCUGUCAAGAACCUCAAGCGCCAGGAUGCCAGGAUCAUUGUGGGGCUGUUUUAUGAAACCGAGGCCAGGAAGGUGUUCUGUGAGGUGUUCAAGGAGAAGCUGUACGGGAAGAAGCACGUCUGGUUCCUGAUUGGCUGGUACGCCGACAACUGGUUCAAGAUCAAAGACCCGGCCAUCAACUGCACAGUGGAGAACAUGACGGAGGCCGUGGAGGGACACGUUACCACGGAGAUCGUCAUGCUGAACCCCGAGACCGUCCGCGGCGUCUCCAACAUGACUUCACAGGAGUUUCUGGGAGCCUUGAUGUCUCGUCUUGGGGGGAAGAACCCCGAGGAGACGGGCGGCUUCCAGGAGGCGCCCCUCGCCUUUGACGCGGUGUGGGCCCUGGCGCUGGCCCUCAACAAGACCGUGGCCCCCCUGAAGGCUAAGGGCCGGCGGCUGGAGGACUUCAACUACAACAACCACGACAUCACCUCGGAGAUCUACAGAGCGCUCAACACCAGCUCCUUCGAAGGGGUUUCGGGUCACGUGGUGUUUGACGCUCAGGGUUCCAGGAUGGCCAUGACCCUCAUCGAACAACUGCAAGGAGGAAGUUAUAAGAAGAUUGGUUACUAUGACAGCUCCCAGAUGAACCUGAGCUGGUUCAACAACGACGUCUGGAUCGGCGGGAAGCCUCCGGCGGACCGGACCGUGGUUCUGGAGGAGUACCGCCUCUUGUCUCAGAAGCUGUUUGCGUCGGUGUCGGUCUUCGCCGGCCUCGGCAUCCUGCUCGGCAUCGUCUGUCUGACCUUCAACAUCUACAACGGCAACGUGCGCUACAUCCAGAACUCUCAGCCCUACCUGAACAACAUGACAGCGGUGGGCUGCAUGAUGGCGCUGGCUGCAGUGUUCCCGCUGGGGAUUGAUCGGCACCACGUCAACAGACCGCAGUUCCCCGUCGUCUGCCAGUUCCGCCUGUGGCUGCUCGGCCUCGGCUUCAGCCUCGCUUAUGGCAGCAUGUUCACCAAGAUCUGGUGGGUCCACACCCUGUUCACCAAGAAGGACGAGAAGAAGGAGAAGAAGAAGCAACCCUUGGAGCCGUGGAAACUCUACGCAACAGUUGGAGUGCUGCUGGCCAUCGACUUCCUGUCCCUCAUGAUCUGGCAGAUUGUGGAUCCUCUGCACAUCACGGUCGAGAAGUUCACCAGAGAGGCGCCUAAAGAAGACCUGGACGUCCUGAUCCAGCCUCUGCUGGAGCACUGCAGCUCUGAGAAGAUGAACACGUGGCUCGGCGUGGUUUAUGGCUACAAAGGUCUGCUGCUGCUCCUGGGGAUUUUUCUGGCUUAUGAGACGAAGUCUGUCUCCACGGAGAAGAUCAAUGACCAUCGAGCCGUGGGGAUGGCCAUCUACAACGUAGCCGUGCUGUGCCUGAUCACGGCGCCGGUGACGAUGAUCCUGUCUUCGCAGCAAGACGCCUCCUUCGCCUUCGCCUCGCUCGCCAUCGUCUUCUCUGCUUACAUCACUCUGGUGGUGCUCUUUGUACCGAAGAUGCGGCGCCUCAUCACCCGCGGCGAGUGGCAGUCAGAGCAGCAGGACACGCUGAAGACCGGAUCGUCCACCAACAACAACGACGAGGAGAAGUCCAGGCAGCUGGAGCGGGAGAACCGGGAGCUGCAGAAGAUCAUCCAGGAGAAAGAAGAGAGGGUGUCUGCACUUCGCAACCAGCUGGCCGAGCGUCAGGCAAUACGCAACCGCCGCCAACCCACCUCAGGCCAGAAUCAGAACCACAACGCCCCGCCGCCCGCGUCCCAGACCGACCCCAAGUCGCUGCUUCCCCCUCCAGGAUACCCCAACCCCGCCGCGGACAAUCACUCCCUGCCGCCAUCCUUCUCCAACUCGUCCAGCCUCUACCCGGCGGACAGCAAGAUGAGCCGCAACCACUGUCACAACAGCCAGAUCCCGCUGCUCUACAAGUAGGCGGUGAGGCGGGGGGAGGCCGGGGGGAUCAGGGGGCACUGGGGGGUGAGAGGGUGGAGGGGGUGGGUGGACACACGAAACACAAACAGGACACGACUGUGACGGUCACUCUGCUGGGCAGGAGCCCACAGGUCAACCCUUCCUCACCGUUCUGCAUCCAAACCCAGAAACGAAGCACACAUGGCGGCCGCAGCGAGCGUCUCUGACCUCCAGAGGUCAGAGGUCAUCUGAACGUUCACGCUCUCCGUGGAGACGGGGAUGUUCUUGGAAAAACGUGCGUGUUUGUGUUUUUCUGCGAUUUCGUCUCUGUCUGGUGGGGUUUGUUCCUCAUGCAGUAGAUGGUUUUUAUCGUUCUGUGAUAUUCGAUCUGUUUCGUCAUGGAGGUGUCGUCUGAUUCUUUGUUCACUUUUCAGGAGAAAACUGAAAGUUACUGACUGAUAAAAGCAAUGUACAGAUUUUAUUCAACGUUCCCGGGAACACCACGUUUAUCCAAGAGUUGUCAUGUGAUUUAUUUAAUAGCCAUACCUUGAAGGUCAGGGGUCAGCAUGUGUGGAUGUCUGUUGUCCAUCCUGCAUUUCAAUAUAAACCUUGAUGAUAAAUGGAGAGCAGAAGAGACGAGCUGGGAUAUUUCUGAAGCUUCGUUAGUUUUUCAUGUUUCCUUUCUUGGGGAUUUUUAAUUUCUUGUAAUCUGAGAUUAUUCAGUUUUGAAAACACACACAGGCUCUUUAUUGGUCAGUUUUACUGAAGCCACACAUCCAGCUGAGUUUCUGACCCGGUUCUGGUCUUUUAAAAUCAAACAGAUGAGAAACUUCCUGCUUCAUUAAACCCUCAUGAGGGACGUGCAGCAUGUUGUUUCCUGAAGUUAAAUCAGCGGAAAGGAUCCGAUCAUAAUCUAUAAAUGAUGCCAGCGUGGCGUUUCACGUGAUUUAUUUCUCAUGUCGACACGCAGUGGAACGAGUCUGAAUGCAAUACCACAUUAUAUAAUAAUGUAAUAAGAUCAGACUUUAAAACGUAAUAAAACAUCAUUAAAACCGUAAUUAAUUAAUUAAACCGUAAAGUAAUAAUCGACACAAAAUCUAACAAAAUAUUUUGAGUUGAACAACAUGGUGGUUCUGAACCAAAAACUGCAUUUAUUGGCCAAAGUUUCAAUGUAAAUGUAGAUGUGAUUUACAAUAUGAUUAUUAGAAAUAUAAUGAUUAGAAUGAACAUAAACAGUUUAUGACAUAAUGUGCCACAUUAUUAAAUCAUCAUUUAUAAAAAAGAGCUACCCCCCUAUUUUUUAAUAGCACAAUCUAAUAAUAUUAUUACAUAAUGCGGCAGAAAGUAUUGCAAGGAUUUUAAUAAGUUUGGCAUCAAUUAUUACAUUUUUUUAAUUAUGUUUUUUUACAUUUUAAAAUCCAGUUGCUUUAUUUCACAAUGUGGCGUUAAAAGGACGACUGAGAGAGACUGACUGCAGAGGUGAGGAAGAGCGAGGGGCUGACAGCAGAACCGCUGCUGGUUCUGGACAGAUCAGAACCUCUGCCGGUUCUGGACAGAUCAGAACCUCUGCCGGUUCUGGACAGAUCAGAACCGCUGCCAGUUCUGGACAGAUCAGAACCGCUGCCAGUUCUGGACAGAUCAGAACCGCUGCCAGUUCUGGACAGAUCAGAACCGUAAUUGUUUGAAACAUGGUGGCAGGAUAAAACCUUAGAGACAUGAUGGGAUCUGAAGCUAAAGAUAAAAAAAAAAAAAAAAAAUUUGUCUCCAGGUGUCUCAGUAUAGAGACCCCCAGGGGUCAAAAGGUCGUGAUCACAGACUAAAUCAUUACAUGUGAAACCCUGUGGCUGAUAGAAGAGAGAAGCUCUGAUUUGACUGACACACACUUCUCAUCAUGAUGCUUUGUGUUGUGUUUCUACAUAAAGCUAACAAUUCCUACAGUGUCCUGAAUGCAUCGUUCCUGAAGCGCUGCCACCGACAAAGAUUUUUAUGCAGCUGAAGUUUCUCAUUUAUCGGAUUGUCUGACCUCAGUAAACAGCCCCAGGACUGUUCAGAGUUUCACACAACCUUCAAUAUAUAAAAUACUUUAACCGACCUUUGACCCCAGUCAUGUCGUAAAUUGGUUAUUCAGCGCUGGGUCAAGACUUGAGCAGCAGAAAAACGUUUAGUGAAUUAUUCUGAGUCCAGAGUAACGUUUGACUGCAGUUGAUCUCAGCUGGAUGUCAGAAAGAUGCAGUUUUAGAUUCAACAGCAGGAAAAACUCCUGAAACGGCCUUUAACUGAGCCAAACACUCUAAACAUGUUUCUUCACCUAAUUUAAACGUCUAAAUAAAAUGUUUAAGCUGCUUGACAUUUGCUCGGCUUCAGCUUAGUUUGCUCUCUUACUGCAGAAUAUAGAAGAUAAUAAUCAUAAAGUCCCGCAGUUGCAGCAGCACUUUGCUAAACGUCUCACACCCCUGAACAUUUUCACAUUUUAGCUUCAUCGUGUUUUACUGGGACUAUCUGAGAAAGUAGUCCGAAUUUUCAAGGAAAAUUUUAUAUUUUUCUAACUGAUUUAGAUCUGAAAAGUGUGGCCUGCCAGUGUAAAGAGCACCGGUGAGUGAAUAGCUUGUAGAAUGCAGGUGAAGCUCAGGUUUUCUUCCUGGACUGUCCUGAUUUAGCUCCAUCUGUCUACACAGCAUGAUGCUGCCACCACCAUGCCAACCACAGGCGACAUGAGGAAUGCUAGUUUCUCCCACACAUGUAGUGUAAAACGAUGACUAAAGGAGCUUCUUCUUUGUUCUGUUUCCCUUACGUGGCAAAUUGCCGACUAAUGGUUGCCAUGGCAACUUCUCACAUUUCUGCACUACUUCCUGCUGGCCAUGAAAUCCUAAAAAGCCGCCUGAGGUCUGUGGGAACACAAUGUGAAGGUCAGUGGGGUGUGAGAACUUUUUGCAAAGCUUUGUGAAUAAACGCAUGAUUUCUGUUGCACUUCAUCUCUGUGAGCUUUUUCUAAUUUUUAUGAAGAUGUUUAAAAACCAUAAAUGAUUUCAGGUUUUUUUUUUCCUUUUUGUCCUUGAACUUUUUGCAAACGUGUCAAAGUUAAAGAUGAAGGAAGAGAAUCUGUUUUUGUUCUGAAGGAACGACCAAUAAGCUCCAUCUGCAGGUUAAACAAGUUUAUCAGAUAUUCUCCAGCUGCUGGCUGUGAAGCUGCACUUUAUCCCAAACGAUGACGGAUGUUCAGUUUUAAAGUUUUUGCUCAGUGGGUCGGAUUGUGUAACAUAUGAAUGCAGCAAAACCACAAGAAAUGUUCUAUUGUCCUGCACAUACAUGCUAAUAAACAUGGAUUUGGGGAUAUUUGUACACACUAUAUCUAAAGAUCUUAAAUGUUAAUAUAUUUCAGAGUAUGUGUAUGCUAAUAUGUGGGUAAUAUGAAUAAAUAGUUUUUUCACUUGA